CUUCAUUUUCACUUCCUCCGUCGUCGAGUGCAGACGAAACCUAGAUGAUUAUAACUGGGUAUGACUUUUAACCAGGAUGCCAGUUCCGUUAAAACCUGACCGUUUACUUUUAUUAUAUGGAACACAGACUGGUCAAGCUGAAGCUAUUGCCAAGGAGAUAGCAGAAAAGGUAGAGGCACAAGGACUCAAAUUUGAGAUUCAUGACCUCGGGAAGACAGAGAAAAAGUUUAACAUAGAACGGGAGACGUGUGUUGUGAUUGUCACCUCCACAACCGGUGAUGGAGACCCUCCUGAUACGGCCCUCAAAUUUUUCCGACGAUUGAAGAAAAAGACAUUGCCAGAUGAUUACCUUACCAAUCUGAAUUAUGCAUUGUUAGGUCUUGGAGACUCCAACUACACAAACUUUUGUAAUGCUGGUAAAACAUUGGAUCGUCGACUAGAAGAACUUGGAGCCAAGAGGUUUUACCCAUCUGGUUGGGGAGAUGAUGCAGUAGGUCUGGAAGUAGCUGUAGAGCCAUGGAUGGAAGGGGUAAUUCCAGCUCUUUGCGAAUUUCUUGGACACACCUACAAGUCUGGUCUUUGUUCUGACAAGGCAGCAGCUGAUGAAAAGACAUUAAACACAAUGGAAAAAUCAAAUGAAAGUGACGUUUCAAAAAACCUGGAAAAUUCGGAAUUUUUGAAAAACGGACAGAAUACAGAAGAGAAUGAAGAUAAUCUUCAAAAGGAACCUGGAAAUAAUUUUCAGAAAGAAAUCAGUGAUGUAAGGACUGAGAAUGGAGCCAGUGGGAAACUGUUUCCAGAAAAUGAGGAGUCAGAAUGUCAGGUGGCCUCUUUAAAGACUUCAGUGUUACCAUUGUGUAGGGAGACAUUAACGAUUCCAGUGCUGUCCCCAGCAUAUCUCAGUCUGGAAUAUCUUGACACAGAGAUGAAAGAUAGCAAUACCGAUGAAACAGCCAUACAGAAUGGUGUACCAUUUCCUUCUGCUGCUUCAUCAGUAACCAUGGCAACAGUUUUAUCUAGCACUGCGAUGACACACCCAGAAGCUUUGAAAAAGACUAUCAGUCUACGACUAAGCAUUGAGCAGGACUCUGCAUUUGACUACCAGCCUGGUGACAGUAUCUCUGUGGUGUGUUCUAACAGUGAAGAUGAGGUUACCAGGAUCCUACACAGACUUGGUGUUGUGGAUAAGGCAGACAGAGUGUGUCAAUUCUCCAUUAUCCCAGGUACCAAGAAAAAGAACCCUACAGUGCCACAGUAUUAUCCUUCAGCAACCUCCUUACACCACCUGCUUAGAACUUGUGUUGACCUUAGAGAACCCCCAAAGAAGGCCUUUAUCCGAGUCCUGGCAGAGUAUACAACAGAAGAACAAGAGCGUAGACGACUUCAGGAGCUUUGUAGUAAACAAGGCAGUUCAGACUACUUACACUUUAUCCGUGAGGCUGGUGUUAGUGUAUUUGACCUCCUCCUGACCUUCACCUCUUGUAAUCCACCAGUAGAAAGACUUCUUGAACAUCUACCCAGGUUGCAGCCCAGGCCCUAUUCGGUGUGCAGUUCACCCGUAGCUGAACCAGGUGUGAUAGAGGUGGCCUUCAAUAUUGUGGAAAUCCCCAGUGGUGACGGCCGCAUGUUUGACCGAACUGGUGUGUGUACUGGAAUGCUUGACCGAUUGACCAAAGUUAUUCAGCAGUCCUAUGUUGACCAAUGUCUACCCUCUGAGAUUGACAUCUCUGAGAGAGUGACCAGUUUGAAAUUAUCACCUAUGAAGAUCCCUAUAUUUGCCCGGACCAACCAACAUUUCCGUCUGCCAGAUGAUCUGACCGUGCCACUGAUUUUAGUGGGACCAGGAACAGGUGUGGCGCCAUUCAUUGGGUUUUUGCGACACAGAGAGGCUCUCCGUGCGAAGAUGGAAGACCCUGCUAUGUACGGAGAUACUUGGCUCUUCUUUGGUUGUCGUCAUAAAGACAAAGAUUUCUUAUACAGAAGAAAGUUAGCUAGCUUUGAGGAAAAUGGAAUUUUAACAAGGCUGUGUGUGUGUUUCUCCCGUGAUGAACAAGACAGUGAUGAGCCACGCUAUGUUCAGGACAAUAUCUUUAGACAUGCCGUGGAGUUAAUUCCCCUGAUUGACAAGGGUGCCAAAAUAUUUGUGUGUGGGGAUGCCAAAAAUAUGGCGAAGGACGUGAAUGAAACUGUGAUAAAGUCCUUGCAGGAAGUGAAAGGCUUAGAUGUUGAAGAGGCAAAGAAACAAGUGAUGAGAUUACGACUCUACAAAUUCUACUUAGAGGAAGUGUGGACUUGAAACAAGUGCUGAUUUGGUCCUUGUUAAUGCUGUGGUGUCUCAGACAGUCUUCUUUCUUCAGUAUAUACUUAAACAAUUUAAUGCUGAUAUCUCUUAAACUUAAAAUUGUCUUCAAAUUAACUAUUGUUGAUAAAGUAUAAAUCACUGUAACUGAUUUUAAAAUUAGAAAAAGUUAAAAAGAAGAAUAUUUUUAGGGAGAUCAUUAUUUCAGCUGUUUUAAGAUUCUGUAUGAAAUGAGAGCAUGAUUGUAAGUAAUGGUUACCAACUGUUAAACUUUUCUGUACCAGUUUAAAGUCCAAAUUCAGACUAUAAUAAUCUCAUUAAGGCCCUGCUCAUAAGUUUGUGUGCCCUAUAACAAUCACCGUGUCCGUCUGUCCACCAGCACUUUUAUUUCCAUGCGAUAACUUUAGUUUCCUUGGGUCGAUUAAGCUCAAACACAUUGCUUCUGACAGUGCAUGCAUGGGAUCGCUUGUCAGCUUCAAAGGUCAAGGUCACUGUUACUAUAAAGAGAAAAUCAGUUUCCAUGUGAAAUCUAAGGUUUGCUUUGGCCGAAAUAACCCAAACUUCAUACAGUACUUUCUUACUGAAAGUGUUUGCUUAGGAUUGCUUUACAGUUUUGAAGGUCAAUGGUCAAAGAUCAAGGCCACUGUUACUAUAAAUAGAAAAAUAAGUUUCCCUGGGAUAACUCAAGUUUGCUUUAGCCAAUUAUACUCUAACCUUAUAUAAUGCUUCCUUUCUAAAAGGCUUGCUUUGGAUUGCUUUUCAGGUCUCGGGGUCAAUUGUUCAGAUAACUGUUACCCUAAAUAGAAAAUUGUGACUUAUGUUGGGGUCCCUUGGGCCAAUCAAACUCAAACUUCAUACAAUACUUUCUUACUGAAAUGCUUACUUUUCAGUCCUAGAAGUUGAAAGUUGAGGUUAUUGUUACUAUAAUGGAAAAUCCAUUUUGUGGAAUAACUUGAGUUUGCUGUAGGCAAUCUAACUCAAACUUGAUGCAAUUCUUCAUAACCAACAGUGCUUGUUUGAGAUAGAUUGCCAUUCAGGUCAAACCACAUGGCCCUUGUGGCCGGUCAUUGUUCUAGUUUCAGUUGAUAAGUUUCUUGAUUGUUGUUAAAAAAAAAAAAAAUGCUCUUCUGAAAAAACCAUUGAGUAACUUUUCAAAUAUUUUUGCCUACAAUCAUCAAAUAUUUUGUCCAUUGUCUUUCAUCAGCCAUACUUAUUUUUUUUUGUUAGCGUAUUAGUAAUGUAGGAAUCUUUAUCAAAUUCUACACAUAAUAACCAUCUUCUAAUUGUGCAACUUUUUCACAGAGUGAAAACUUACAUUUUGAAAUGGCAGCAAUUUCAGAUCCAUCAUUAGUACAUACAUAACAUUUAAGAUGACCAUAUCUGACUGGGAAAAAAUUUAAAAUGGCCACCUUCCCUUGUUCAGUAUGUCAACCAAAAUAACUUGAAUGGACAAGUUGAUGAAUUUGGACAAUUAUGAAAGAGAAAUAACUACUGUAUUUCAGAAAUGUGUAUAUUUUUGUCUCCGAUGUCGUGAAAUGAACACAUUUCGUUUUGAUAUGUAUAGUAGUUUUGUACCUUACCACAUUUUCCUGAUUGUGAGGUUUGGAAAUGGUCAAAGGUGUAUGUACCUACUGAGGGAAUAUGUUGUGACUAUGGACUGAUGUGUGAAACAAUAUUACAUGAUAUGUAAACUGUUUUCUGGUCAGUGAUAAAAGGAUGCUACCUUAUAUUGAAUACUAACAUCCAUAGUUUCUGUUCAACUGAAAAUCUGAUUGUUACAUCUCACUGACACCUAUACAGAGUUUGCCACACAGUUCAAGAUGAGUUGUCAAAUUAUUUACUAGUACAUGUUUUUUUGAUGAGUAUAUAUUUUUUACCCUAUAUAACCGUUAUACAGCCUAAACUAUGUGAAGCAUAUAUAGAUCAGUCUUACAACAGACACUUUAAUGUUUUUAAGAUUUUGGGAUACAUAAUUAUUUACACUGGUUCGGGGAGUCUACUGAUUUUUUGGAGGUGAACGGUAUCAAUUAGGUUCAAGCAACACCAAGAAUACACACAAUUUUCUAGUUAAGUACCAAUAGUAAAAUGGUUUAACAGUCAAAUUGUCAGGUAUAAUUAUUUUACUAUUUAUGUGACUAAAGACAGAAGAAAGAUGGUAUUAAUUUGGGUCUACAUUGAUAUUAACAAAUAGUAUUCAGAUCUGCUUGCUUGGAAAUUGGAGUGUUAGCAUGGAUCAGCCUAUUAUGCUCUACUUGUUGUAACUUAACUUUAAUUAUUCAACCUAUUGGAAGAGAUUUUGUGUAUUUGGACUAAAUCUUUUACACCAUUGUUGAAAUGUACCAUUUUCACCAUUGUCUCUAUUUAAAGAAAGCACAAAAAAAAUCUCUUGUUUUUAGGUAAUAGAAUGGACAACUCCAACCAAGACGACAGAAACUUGAUAUACUUUGUGGUCAUAUUUUGGGGUAAAAAAACCCAUGAAAUUAUGUUGAAUUAAAAAAAAUUGGUAAUUAUUGUUUCAAUAAUUUUCAUCUUAUAUUGAAGUGUAACAAGUAAAUGGAGAGAAUUUGGAGGUUGUUUAUUUUAAUUGUAACAUGCAGAAUGUCCGAGUACAAAAAUGAAAAAAAAUUGUCAGGUACCUUAUUUGAGGUAAUUCUUUAUCUAUACCUCUUUUAAUAAAACUUUUUUACAGAACAA